AUGUCUAUCGACAGUGAUAGUCUCGACCCGCAUGCCGGGUCGAGACGCCCUCGUGAAGGAGACGAUUCGGACGCUUCAAGCUCGAAGCGUUUGCGCGGCGAGAGCGAAACUCCGCUCUCCGCUGCUGGGGCUUUAAGCUCUCCACGUAAUGUGGCGCCUUCAAGCUCUCCGCGCGCUGCUCAGGCAGCGCGCGAUCCGUGGAUGUCGUCUGCGUCAGAGAUCGCAGACCGUGUGGGCAACACCGUGCCUCCAAAUGAAAUUCCGCUGAACGUAUGCAGCGGGAUCCACGAUGAUGCUGUGGCGGAGGAGCAGCACUUUGAUCCCAAAGUGCCUGAGUGGCAGGCACUUUGUCAAAGUUGGAACGCUUUUGUUGAGAACUUCAACAAGAAGCCGAAUGCUUACUGCGAGCGGGUUAAGCAUGCCCGUGAACGCCUUGAGACAUUUUCGACGCGCAGGAGGCUGGGGCAGCUCCACAGAUCCUCUGUGGACGCUGGUAUUCGAUGCGCUGUGCCCGAAGGCCAACAGUGCACGUUGUAUCUUCCGGGUGCGGCGCGCUUGAGCGAACGCGACCAAAACGGGUACACGACGAUUCGUGUACCUGCGAGUCUCAAGGAUCUCCGUGUCGAGUUCUUGGCACGCGAGGAACGCGACGAUCGCGAAACUCCGGGCGCUGCAGGUAACUACAGCGCUCGCACUACAUUCGCGCCGGUAGUGCGUGGUGAGCUUCGUACGCCCUCACCAUUUCCAGAACGUCCUGCAGCAGGACGUCCCGCGGCUCCCAUCGUGUUGAGCCGCGGGUGUCGCGGAUCGGAGGCGGCGGCGGUGGGAACUCGCCCCGGGUAUGGUCAACCUGGGGUUGACCUUGGCCCGACGCUCGAGGAGCGGGUCGCUGCUGUGGAACGGCAUCAGAGCCGGGAGUUCGCCGCUCUGAAGCAGGAGGUGGCGAUCCUACGGGCUCAAGUCGCUCAGGGUUCGCAGACCACGUCGGACAUCUCUGUUGACGUGGGAGGUCGCGUCGCACGCUUGGCCCAGCGCGUUCACGCGCUGGAGCAGUGGUUCGCUCCCGCUGGGGCUUCCGCUUCGGGCCAGCCGAGCUAG